ACUGCUCAGCUAUGUGCUCGUGAGUCGGUACUUCGCAGUUGUCUCUUCGAUGCUACUAGAUCUGAUAGCUGACUUCCGCAAUAGAAGUAGGGAUUGGCCAAACCUUGCCCAUUAUGGAGGGUGCAGGGUCUCGGUUCCAUGUUGCGAAUGCUAAUAACCUCAGCCCGGCUAUAGCAGCCUACGCUGUAGCUCUGGGCACGUUCGUCUUGAUUGCUUGCAGGUUGGGCGAGAUAUUUGGUAACAAGCAAGUAUUCGUCGGAGGUUUAGCGUGGUCAGCUAUCUGGUCCCUUGUUACCGGCACGUCGUUCUACUCGACUCGAUCGCUCUUCAUCGUCGGCCGAGCUUUCCAGGGGAUAGGCGCGUCUUUGACUCUCCCAACUGGCCUGUCCCUGCUGAGGGCGGUAGCACGACCGACAGGUAUCCGCAAGACGGUGAUAUUUGCGAUUCACGCCUCUAUGUCGCCAAUCGGCCUCAUAGUAGGGGCGUUUGGUGCGAGUGGGUUUGUCAUGCUGACGUGGUGGCCAUGGGCAUACUGGGCGUUCUCUAUAGCGCUCGUAAUACUCGCAACAAUCAGUCACUUCACUAUUCGCUCAUCUUCUAAUCGACGUGAUUUACCACCUGGAGCGCGUGGUAUUACCUUGGAGCUUGAUCUCCCUGGUAUAUUAUCUGGUGGGCUCUCUCUCGGGUUCUUUGGCUUUGCUUGGAACCAAGCGCUUGUGGUGGGGUGGCAAGAGGUAUAUAUCGGCGUGAUCCUGUCCAUGAGUAUCAUACUCGCAGCAUUAUUCGUCAUGAUUGAGGCUUGCUACGCGCCGAAGCCCCUAAUUCCAUACUCGGCAAUAUCUUGGGAGGUAUUCUGGAUCCUGGUGGCCGUUGGAUGUGGCUGGUCAUGUUUUGGGAUCUGGAUCUUCUAUGGCUGGCAGUUUGUGGAAACACUCCAGUUGAUAACACCAGUGGUGACGACGACAUAUUUCUCACCCAUGGUGAUCGUUGGCUGCUUCUGUGCAGCAAUCACGCCAUUCAUACUGCGUCCAGUUGGGCUACAUGUCAUGUUUUGUGCUGCGCUGGUGAGCAUACUGAUAGGAGCUGCUAUCAUGGCGGCCAUGCGCAUACAGCAGGCUUACUGGGAACAUCUCUUCAUAAGCGUGCUAUUCAUGGCAUGGGGAGUUUAUACGAGCGUCCCCGUAGCCACGAGGAUGAUUGUGAACGUGGUCCAUAAGAAACACGGUGGCAAAGCAGCUACGCUGGUGUGCAUGGCCUCGUACUAUAGCAUUGGCAUGGGUCUCGGGAUCGCGGGCACGGUGGAAAGAAGCACAAUCGGUGGCAAGUUGACAGUGCAUAGCAGACUGCGAGGGAGCAGGGCAGUGUUUUGGACCAGCAUUGGUCUGGCGGCAUUCGGGGUCGUCGUUGGCCUGGCGUUAGCGUGGGUAUCGUGGUUGAGCGUGAGAUUGGCGGGUGGCACUAGGCGAGCAGGACGACGAUUGCAUGCGUACGAGCAUCGCGAAGGCGUGGGAGGUCAUCACUAGCUUGGCGUAGUUUGUGAUGUCGGCGACUACGAGUAAAACCCAUGAUCGUCUGGUAGAUAGAUAGACCAGAGCUGACCGAAGAGAGAGACCACAAGG